UAAACGAUUCGACCUCGGUUUAAUUUAAAGGGCACACAAAUGCUGUGCUGAAGCUAUUUACACUAGGCAAACUACAAAAGUGACAUCAAAACAGUUAUAGGGUCGUUAAUUUACUCGUUCGAUUAAUUAGUUAAUAUUUUCUUUUUUUAUUGUUAUGUCCCUGUAAGGAAAACAGAGUGUAACCGCUAAAUAUUCCCCCAAACACUGUAAUGUUCCUGGUGAAUGUAAUUUCCCCCCUUUAAAAACACGAAUGUGACUUAAUACACAUGAGUCUGCUAUUUAAUUUUCACGUAUUUUGUAUUUAUUCACGCCAGAAAAGUAUUCGGUGUCGUAUAUUUACGUUUAUUCGCCCAAUAAGUUAAUGUAAAGUCAAACAAAUCAGUGAAGAGUCCAAGAGAUACAAAUACACUAAAACGCUGGGGCUAAAAUGUGACGCUAUAGAUUUAUCCGUCAUAGUUGUGAUAUUUAUUUGAGUAUUUAGGGGAGGCUUGAAUGUGAAAAAGCUAUAUACGUCAUCUGCAUUCUGCUUUUCAGACAUGGAACCAUUUGCGUGUUCGCUCUCGUCUUUACACGGAUUGUUUACGGUAACGGUCAAAAUAAUGAGUGUUUACCUGGUUGUCUUUGUAGUAUUGUCCUAUCUGCUUUUGAUAAAAUGCAUAUAUUAUUGGCAUCGGCGGUUGUUUAUGAAGUCGUUUAAAGACGUAAUGAACGCUGGUAUCCGGACUCUGAUCGUGACUGCACACCCGGAUGAUGAGUGUAUGUUCUUCGCGCCAACGAUUAUAAGACUGGUUGAAUUAAAAGCGGACGUUCAUCUCCUCUGUUUGUCUGAAGGAAACUACUACAAUCAAGGAGCUCUGCGUAAACAAGAACUUCUCAACAGCUGUGCUGUGUUGGGAAUACCCGACUCCAGAGUCACCAUAAAAGACCACAAACAACUUCCUGAUGAUCCCAAAGCAGAAUGGAGCGUCUCACUGGUCUCUUCUCUUAUUCUGGACCACAUCCGGGAUCACUCCUUUAACAUGGUGCUGACCUUCGAUGGAAGAGGCGUGAGUGGCCACGCCAAUCACAGAGCCAUCCAUAAAGCUGUCAGCCAUCUCGCCUCCACUGGACGAAUACCAGACGGCUGCUGUUUGCUCUCCCUGCAGACCGUUGGGCUCUUCAGGAAAUACAUCUCCUUCCUGGAGCUUCCCGUCAGCUGGCUGCUGCCCUCGAGUCUCAGCUGUGUUAUCGGCUCUCAGGGCUACGUACGAGCCAGGGAGGCCAUGUUCUGCCAUCGCUCUCAACUCCUGUGGUUUCGUCACCUCUACGUCUUUUUCUCUCGGUACAUGUUCAUAAACACUUUCCAGACGAUCCCACAAGGACCCAAGAAUCUGAAGAUUUACUGAAUCAUCUCACCGUCACACACUGAAUGUUACACUGAUCCCUGUUACUGUGUCCUACGGUUUGUCUGAUGAAUACUGCGGGAGGAUGGAACAAAAAAAACAUUUUGUAAUGAAAACAGUCAAAGUUUAGAACGUUUCAAUACCACUAAUUUAAAUUUUUUAAAGCUUUUUUUCACCAGCGUUUCCGCUCUUUUGAAAGUGGACCUUUUGUUAUUAAAGACCAUGUCACAUAAAGAGCUGACUGUCUCACUGUGAGGCAUCUAGAGAUGAUUCAGUGGACUCCUUCACGCUGGCAGGAUCCACAGAAAACACUGGAGCAAGGACAUUUAUUAAGGAGCAAAAGGACAAACGUUAGGACACUCACUGCGUCUUCCUCAGACUCAAAAAGAGACGAGGAAGACGCAGUGCUCGUCCUGGCCUUGCUCCAGUAUUGUUUUCUUUCCUGCCCGUGUGAAGGAGUCCAUUGAGUCAUCUCUUUAACAUCGGAUGUCCUUCUCUGAAGCGAGAGAGAUUCCCUCUUCUCUUAAACUGUAGUGUGAGUGAAUGUAGUGGCUGUUUACACAUGGCCGAAGCUGAUUUGCUCACAGGGAACAAAGAUUUCUUGCAAGCCCUUUUCAGACUGCUUUCUGCACAAAAGUGCCGUAACUAAGCUCAGCCGUCAUUACAAAUUCGUAUUGGUUCUGCAGCAGUGUCAUAUUCUCGUCCCAGUCUGUGAGGUCACAUUGCAUUUCGCUGUUGUAGAAGCAGAGAGCACAGCGGGAGCUCCACAUACACACACACAGUCAGACACACACACACACACAGCGCUGCACUCCCCCGCGGACUCAGCUGAUCUGGUCUCCUGGUGCGUUGGAUCUCGGAAGUCGGAAUCUGUGUUACAGCUCUGAUACAUCAUCAGGAACGCCCCCUUAAUUCAGAAUUCUGACUUGUAAACUCUGAGAACCUUCAGUAGCCCAAGUUCAAAUCCAACAUGGCCGCUCUGCUCGGCGCAUCAACAGUAACAAUAAACAUUUAACAUUUCUGUUUAUCAGAAAAUUAGUUUCUCUUUUAGUGUCAUUAAAUCGAUCACACCGAUAGUAUCAUGUAAGUUCUAUCUAUGAACGUGUUGUCAUGUUAUGUUUUUGCACAAACAUAUCGUCUGGGAAAAGCGAACAUAUCAAAGGUACUCCAUGUUGCUUGUCUAAUUUGCAACUGCAACGCGGCUCUGACAUCAGAGGUAAAUGGAACGCACCGUUAGCCCCCGCCUCUGUUACUACCUCUGAAGGUGGCACAGAGGAGGGAUCACCCCCCCCCCCCCAUAACACUUCUGCAGCAUUCACAUUGAAUGUGGAACGUCACAGGGUGUAAAUAUUGCGGCUCAAAGCGAACAGUCUGAACAGGGCUAGCUAAAGCAGCCUGGAGAUAUUUUCUCCACUUUUGAUAAUGAAGCUGACAGAAACUUGUAAACGUGACAGAGAAGCUUUUUAUUGUCUUCAGUCGUGACACUGUAAAUAUGAACCAACACUAAAGAUUGUUGAAAUGACCAUGUACCAUUUCUCUGAUGUCCUGCUGAUUAAAAUAUGUUUGAUUCUCUAUCA